AUGGACUUGCAAGUAUAGAAACUUUAGCAAGAAAUUGCAGAGUAAUAUCUAUAAGAUAAUUUGUUAGUUUGAAAGAGUAUGAGUAGAUGCUUGAAGAUUAAAUAAAGGAACAUGAAGAAACUAUAGAUAAAUAAAAAUAAGAUAUUAAUAGUAAAGAUAAUGAAAUAAAGAGUCUCAAAAAAUAAUUAUAGGAUGCAAUUAAAAAGGCAGAUGUUAUAGUAAUAUUAAAAUAUUAUUAUUUAAGAAUAAUUCAGAUGAUGUAAGUGGAGCUAAGAUUAUCUAAUUGGAAGUAGAAAUUCAUGAUCUUAACUAAUACUUGGAAGAAUCAGCUUAAAAAAUUAAAGCACUUACACAAUAACUUAAGUAAUCAUAUAAAUAUAAAUUAGUACUAAAAAUGAAGAGAAUGAAAUGGAGAUCGAAAUUCUUAAAGAUGAGCAUUAAAAAUCUUUGAAUGAAUAAUAGAUUAAAAUAUAGGCUUUAUAAAAGACUAUAGAUGAAUUUUAAAAGUUAUAGAGUAAUGUAGAAGUAAAACAAUUGCAAGAGAUUACUCAAUCUAAAUCAAAGUAAGUAAUUCUGUGAAAUUAGUGAUUCAGAGGAAUUAUAAAAGAUGAUUGAAAACUUAACUAUUUAAAUUGAAGAAUAAACAAGGUAGUUAUAAAUUAAAGAUAAACAAAUUGAAUAAUUUCAAUUAAAGGAUGGAAUGUAAGGAAGUAUGGAAGAAAUGGGCAAAAACUCUUAAGUAGAAUAGUAAAAUCUAGAAGAAAAGAUUGCACAAUUAGAAGAGGUCUUGCUUCAAUAUUAAGAAGAGAAUUCAUAAUUUGUAGCAAAGGAAGAGACAAAUCAAAAAGAAAAAUAAUUACUUUAAUAAUAGAUUGAAUCUUUAGAAAAAUAAUAUAAAGAAUUAUAAUAGUAAGAAUAAGAUGCAAAUGUUACAUAAUAACUUGAAGAUCUUAAACUAUAAUUUGAAGAAUUAGUUGAAGAGUAUAAUUCUAUCAAUUAAAAACUUUAAUAAUCUGAAUAGGAUUGUUAAUAAUUAACUGAUAAAUGUUAAGAAUAUUUAUCAGUUAAAGAAUAAUUAUAAGAUUAAAUUACUUAAUUAGAAACUACUUUAGAACAUCAUAAUGAAGUUUUAGAAGAAAAUAAUGAAUUAAAAUAAUUAAUUAAUAAAGCAUAAGAAUAAAUCAAUAAUUUAUAAAGUAAUAAUGAAUAUCAAACACUUUAUCUUUAAUUGAGAGAUGAGUAUGAAGAAUUUAAAGAAUAAAUUCAUAUUACUAUUAAAGAUAAAGAUCAGCAAUUAUAUUAAGCAGCUUAAUUUUGUUAAGAAUUAGAGGUUUUUAAAGAAUAAGCUCAUAUGUUUGAAGAAAAUAAUAAACUAUUAUCUAAUUAACUCUAAACUCAAUUAGAAAAUAAUCAAAAAUAUUAAUAAAGAAUAGAAGAAUUAGAAAAUUCUUUAAAUGUUCUAUAAAGCUAAAAUCAAGAUAUUAAUGAUGUUUUAUAAAAAUUAGAUUAAUUAAAAAUGGAUAAUGAAAAUUUAAAAACUUAAAAUUAUGAUUUUACUGAAAAAAUUAAGAAUUAUGAAAUUGAAAUGGAUGCACUUAAAUAAAUUGAAUGUGAUUCUCCUAAAAAGAUUUCAAAAUUAUAAUAAGAAAAUUCAGAAACUACAGCUGAAUAUAUAAAAUUUAAAGAAAAUACACAAAGGGAAAUCCAUUUAUUAAAAUAAGAAAAAAGUAAUCUACAAAAUGAAUUAAAUGAAAUUAAAUAAUUAUUAGAUACUUAUAUAAAUAGUGGAGAAACUUUUGAAUCUAAAAUCUAAUAUGUUAUGGAAUAUUGGAAUAAACUUUAAUCUAUUCAAGAUGAAUAAAACAAUCUAGUGGAAAAAUUUUAAUUAGAAAUUUAAGAAUUAAAUGAAAAUAUAGGUUAAAUUUAAUCUUUAUAAAAUUUAAGUACAGAUUAACACUAAUAAAAUUAAGAAUUACAAUAAGGGAAUAUGGAAAAAAAUGAAGUUACUACAAAUGAAAAUUUAAAUCUUUCAUUAGAAAAAUUAGUAAAUAAUGAUGAAACUAAUAUAAAUAAUUUUCAUUUUGAUCUUAAAAAGGUUUAACAAGUUAAUUAUGUUGAAAAUUCUACUUAAACAGAAAAUAUUAUUGAAAUAGAUAAUGAAAAAUAAGAAUAAGUAAAAUUGUAAAUUGACUAAAAAUUAUUUGAAUCUUAACUCAUUUAAACUGAUGAUCUUAUUCAAUCUCCUUUAAAGAUAAAUAAUCAAUAAUUUAAUGAUCAAAUAUGUUAGACUGAAGAAUAUUAAGAAGAAAUAAAAUAAAAAGAAGAUUUAAAUGUAUCAAAUUAAAUAAUUUAAUUAACUGAAAUUAAUGAUUAAGGAAAGGAUCUUAACAACUUAGAAAUCAAUGGAGAAUAAGAUAAUGAUUAAAGUAUUAUAAAAAAAUUGAUGUAACCAUCUGAUAAUUUAGAAAAUUAAAUAAAUUAGUUCUAAGAUUUGAAUUAAACUGAUUAGUUGAAGUAUUUUAUAAUUAAUAUUAUUUAGGAAAAAAGUCGAAGACAUGGAUAAUUUAAGAAAAUCAUUAGAAAAAGAAGUUUAUAAUUUGAAGGACAAGAAUAAAAAAUUAGAAGAAAAAUUAUAAAAUAUAUAAAAACCAGGAACUCCAAGAAAAUAAUCUGAUGCUAAGGAAGAAAGAAAAAAAUAAUAAGAUAAUGAAUUAAUUUAGAGAUUAUAAAAAUAAAUAAAAGAGUUAUAGGAAGAAAUUUAAUCAUUUAAUGUUCAUUAAUUGAAUGAAUAAAUAGAAUAACAAUCUAAUGAAAUAGAAUAAUUAUAAUAAGAAAUAGAAUAAUAUAAAGAAUAAUUAAUUAAACAAAAACAAUAAACCAUAAAAUUUAAGAAUUAAUUAGAUACAAUUUAUAAUUUAGGACCAUAAGCAUUAUAAACAUUAUAGAGUGAACCAAAAAAAGAAUUUUCAUAAACUUAAUUAACUUAAUAAGAAAAAUAUUAAAUUUCAUCAUUUUUGUAUAUCAAAUCAUAAAAGUCUUAUUAAUGUUAAUUUAUUGAAUUAAAUAGAAAAUAGAUAAAAUUAUUUUAAUCAACAAAAGGUAAAAUUGAAAAAGCUAUGUUUGACACUUAUUUAUUUGAUGAAAUAUUCUUUGAUACCCAAAAAAUACAUUAAUUUUUAGAUUAAUCUAAAUUGAAGUUAUCAAGUGAUCUAACUAAAAUAUAUCUUAUUUUAGGAUAAUCAAAAACUCAUAAAAAGUUAAUAAUGAUUAUGUUAAUAGAAUUAUUAUAUAAUUUGAUAUAAAAGCAAUAAUUAAACUAAAAGAUAACUUUUUGCUAUUAAGAAAGAAUAGGAAAGUAAUGGAUAGAAAUUGAAUAAUUUAAUACAAUAACUUCAUCUAUUUCAGAUUUAGAAUAUACAGUAUAAGCUAUUAAAGUACAUUUAUUGACUAAAUAAAAAGCCCUUGGUGAAAAAAUUCGAAAAUUAUCAAUUAUUUAUUAGACUUUUAUUGAAAAUUAAUUAUAAACUACAAGUACUUUUAUGAUUGCUACUUGUCCUUCGUUACCAUAAGGAGACUUCAAGAAUGUUGUUUAAAAGAUAUUAAAUUGUUAAGUUAAUACGAAUAUGUAAUUUAACAUAUUUUUAAAUAUAACACCUGCUUUAUAAUAUUAUUAAAAAUCUGCUGAAAUUUUAUCAAUGGCUAAAUCAAUAAAAUUAGCAAAAGGUUAAUUAGAUAUUGCAUAAUUGACUUCAAGUAGAUCAGUUAGUGAAUAUAAUUUAGUAGAUGACGAAUCUCAAAAAUAAUUGAGAAUCCUUAAUAAUAAAUUGAUUUUGAAACAAUAGGAAGUUGAUUAAAGUAAAAAAGCUCUUGACUUGUAUAUAAAAUAAUUACAGGAGCUUUAAGCAAAAUUUGACAACUAAUUAGGAUAUUAAAAUACAAUUUCUAUUUUGAUAAACAAUAUAAUUCUAGAAAUAAAAUAAAAGAUUAAUAUGAAAAUGAAUCAAAAGAAAAAUAAGAAAUCUUAAAAUGUUGCAUUUUUAGAUAAAUUAGCAAUCCAAUUAGAUUAAAUUAUUAGAAAACAUUAAAUAAGUUAAUAAAAUGUUGAAAAUGUGGAUAAAUUUAUUAAAAGUAAAGCAAGUGAAAUUUAAAAUCCAUUUUUAUGA